GCCGGGAUGAGGCGCAGACGGUCUCACAGAGACUCUGGGAGUGAGUCACCGCCGAGCCCGCCGAGCGAUGCCCGGCUCCCCGCCGCCGCCGCCGCUUCCCGGGGCCGCUGGGCAGCGGCAUGACGGGGCGAGCUGAGAGUUUCUAGCCGGGGCGGGGGGCGAAGCGGAGAGCGCGGCCGUCCUGUGCGAUGAACGGCGUUGCUGUAAGGAGCCGCGGGGUGACGACGGGGCAGGUACUGAGCCUCUUGCUUUUGUUCGGCGUUUUCGACUGGGUUUCCGCCGCGAUUCGCUAUGCGAUCCCCGAGGAGGCGCGGAGAGGCUCCGCGGUGGGGAAUGUGGUAGCCGACCUGGCGCUGGACCUCGGGCGGCUGCCGGGGCGCCGAUUGCGGGUGGUGUCCGGCGGCAACAAGAAGUACUUCGGGGUGGAUCUGAAGAGCGGGGCGCUGCUGGUGAACGAGAGGAUAGACCGGGAGGAGCUUUGCGGCGCGCUCUCUCCCUGCUCCCUCAGCUUUGAGAUCGUGGUGGAAAACCCGCUCGAGCUGUACAGCGGCACCGUAGAGAUCCAGGACAUCAAUGACAACGACCCGGCUUUUCCCAGCAGCCAGGCGAGGCUGGAAAUCAGUGAGUCGGUGGCUGCCGGAGCGCGCUUCCCGCUAGAGAGCGCGCAAGAUCCCGAUGUGGGAGUUAACUCUUUGCAGACCUACCAGCUCAGCGCCAACCCGAACUUUGCGCUCGACGUGCAGACGAGGGUGGAUGGCAGCAAAUAUGCGGAGCUAGUUCUAGAGAAGGAACUAGACAGGGAGGAGCAAAGGGAGCUGAAUUUGGUCCUGACCGCGCUGGAUGGAGGCAGCCCGCCACGGUCGGCUCACGUACAGAUCCACAUUGACGUUGUAGAUGCCAACGAUAAUGCCCCGGUCUUCAACCAGUCCACCUACAAGGCGAGUGUGAGGGAAAACACGCCCAGCGGUACCCUGGUCGCCAGGAUCAGUGCCUACGAUCUGGAUGAUGGGCCCAACGGAGACAUCGUCUACUCCUUCAGCAGCCACACCCCCGCCAAGGUACGAGAACUCUUUGCUCUGGACUCAGCCACAGGGGAGUUGAGAGUCAAAGGACAGCUGGACUACGAGGAAGCAAAGUUGUACGAGAUUUACUUACAGGCUAAAGACAGGGGAGCCGUUCCUGGUGUGGCUCAUUGCAAAGUGCUGGUGGAAGUCGUGGAUGUGAAUGACAAUGCUCCAGAGGUGACAGUGACUUCUGUGUACAGCCCUGUGCCUGAAGAUGCAGCCCCAGGGACGGUCGUAGCUCUGCUGAGUGUAACAGACUUGGACUCUCAUGACAACGGCCUGGUGAACUGCUUUAUUUCCCCUGGGAUCCCUUUCAUGCUCAGCUCCUCCCUCAAAAAUUACUACACAUUGAAAACAGAAGGAGCUCUGGACCGGGAAAAGGCAGCAGAGUACAACAUCACUAUCACAGCCAAGGACUCGGGCUCACCACCCUUGUCCGCAGUAAAACACAUCCUGGUGCAGGUGUCAGAUGUCAAUGACAACGCCCCCAAGGCGUCCCAGGACUCCUAUGAUGUCUAUGUUCCGGAGAACAACGUGCCCGGCAUCCCCAUCCUUAACGUGAGCGCCACGGAUCCGGACCUCGGGCGCAAUGCCCACCUCUCCUACACCCUUUUGCAGGGUGACACCACUUUUGGCCACCUCUUCUCCAUCAACCGGGAGAAUGGCACCCUCUACCUGCUCACCUCCCUGGACCAUGAGGACCAGGUGGAGUUCAGCAUGAUGGUGCAGGUCCAGGACGGCGGCUUCCCGCCUCUGGCCACUAACGUGUCAGUCACUGUCUUUGUCACUGACCUCAAUGACAAUGCCCCAACGGUGCUGUACCCUCACCCCAACACCACCGCCAGCUACACCGAUGUGGUGGCACCAGGCACUCCUGCCGGGCACAUGGUCACCAAGGUGGUGGCGGUGGAUGCGGAUGCAGGGUACAAUGCCUGGAUCUCCUACACCCUGUUGCAGGCCACUGACCCCAGCCUCUUCAAGGUGGGGCUGCACAACGGGGAGAUCUUCACGGCCCGCCAGCUCCGCGAGGAUGAUGCUCCCGAGCACACCUUAAUCAUCCUGCUGAAAGACCAUGGGGAGCCUGUGCUGUCCACCAGUGCCACCAUCUCCAUCUCCGUGGCUGAGAUGGUCAAAGAGGUGCUCACUGACCUCACUGAUGUGGCCCCUGCCAGUGAUCCCAGGAAGCAUGUGACUUUCUAUCUCAUCCUGGCUGUGAUUUUGGUGUCAGCAGCCUUCUUCAUCACCAUGUUGUCCGUGGGCAUCUUCAAGUGCUACAAGUGGAGGAAGUCAAAAGAGCUGUACAACAGCUCCAGGAGUACCACCUACAGGACACCAGGGCCCUUCCACCACAUCGAUGCUGUGCGGGGCGGCUUCACGCCACCCAGCUUCUACCACCAGGUCUAUCUCACCACAGACUCUCGCCAGAGUGACCUCCUGUGUAAAAAGCCCUUCACUUCCAGCCCCUUGGGAAGCCGCCAGGGCACCAUCAGGAAUGGUGAGCCAGGGCUGUACCAUCAGAUUGUGGGCACUGCCAGCCGGCUCCCCACACCUGCUGAGCAAGCUCAGCCUAACACAGAUUGGCGCUUCUCUCAGACCCAGAGACCUGGAACAAGUGGCUCCCAGAAUGGAGAGGAAGCUGGAGCCUGGCCCAACAACCAGUUUGACACGGAGAUGCUCCAAGCCAUGAUCCUGGCUUCAGCCAAUGAGGCUGCCGAUGGUAACUCGACCCUGGGUGGUGGCAAUGGCACAAUGGGGCUGAGCGCCCGCUACGGCCCCCAGUUCACCCUGCAGCACGUCCCCGACUACCGGCAGAACGUCUACAUCCCGGGCAGCAACGCCACCCUCACCAACGCCGCCGGCAAGCGCGACGCCAAGAACGCCGCCCCCGCCGGAGGCAACAAGAAAAAAUCCGGCAAGAAGGAGAAGAAGUAGUGAAGAAGAAAAAGGAGACCUUAGAGCUACAGGGCAGCCGGCUCCAGCACUCCCCCCAAAACCACAGCCCAGGCCGGAGGACGAAUGUGAAUUUUUUUUUGUGGUGCAAAAGCAGGAAAUGCUGCGAAUGUAUCUCGGCAUCAUCAGAGCUGAGAGCAGGGGCUCGCUGCUCUCAGGUCUCGUGAUGGAAACCAAUCCGGAAUCUAAAGCGAACGCAAACAAGUGCCCUGUGAAUAAUGUUUUAUACAAUCCCUCGGGUAUUAGCAUAUGCAAGGGCGGAAGGUCUUUUGCCAUGUCUUUGGAUCCGAUUUGCUCCCAGCUAGUCCGAGGAAAGGCACAAGGCUUGUGCUCGGCUUUGCCCAGUGUAAAUAAUUUUAAUGUGGAUCUUUUAAUUUAUAGCCCUUCAGCUAUUUUUUGGAAAGGAAAAGGAAGUUCUUAGCUUAGAGCCCACGCUCCAGUUCUUUGCUCUUAAAUUUUCCAUUCGUAAAAUUCACCCCCAGCCAAUGAUAGCGAUGGAUUUUGGAAUUUGGAAGUUGGUAGGGAGUGCUUCAGUUCCUGCUUACCUGUCAUCUGGGAAAAAAAAAAAAUUGUUUAUAUUGCAUGAGUCAAAGGGAAUAUGGCAAAGCUGCAUCCUAAA